AUGCAUCAAUGGGUUAUUUAUACAUGACGAUUUAUUUUACUAUCAACAGAAAUAAAUUUAUCCAACUAAAUAUUAGUAGUAAAUAGUCAAUAAAUUUAAUUUUUAUCGCAGAUGCGAUAAUUAUCAACAAUUAUGUUGAUAAAAAAAUCAUAUAAAUACCAUAGGGCUCCCAAAAAAAAAUUAUCAAAACUUGUUCGUUUGAUACGAAAUUAGAAAUUCUUCUCACAAAAAGAUGCGUUUCUUAAUUAUUUUGGCAACUCUUGCUUUGGCUGCGGCCUUUCCAUCAUCUGAUAAUUUUGGUAUUCAAAAUAGUAAAGAUGUAGCCUACACAAUGGAUGCGGAAAGUACUGAUGAUGAUAUUGUCGAAGAUAAUGAAAUAAAUAAUACAGAUGACUUGAGUAAUGAUGCAAUUGAUAUUCCAAAGGAAUCAGCUGACGAUUCAAAUGAUGCAAUUGAUAUUCCAAAGGAAUCAGCUGACGAUUCAAAUGAUUUAGAUGACAUUCCAAAGGACUUAGCUGACGAUUCAAAUGAUUCAGAUGAUAUUCCAAAGAACUUAGAUGAUGAUUCAAAUGAUAUCCCAAAGGACCUAGAUAAUGAUUCAAAUGAUAUUUCAAAGGACUCAGAUGAUGAAUUAAAUGACUCAAACGAUGGUUUUAAAGAUCUAGACAAUAUUUUAAAAGACUUGGAUGAUAAGAUAAAUGAUGGUUCAAACGAUUCAACUGAACCAAAUCCAGCAAUUGAAGAUGAACAUACAACAGAAUCAGUAAAACCAACUAACACUGGAUUAUGCACCCAAGUAGGCAACAUUGCGAAGCCAGGAUCUUGCGGAUUUAUUAUGUGUGCUCCUGCUGCCGGUCGUAACAAAUUCAUUGAAUAUUGGACACCGUGUCCUAGAGACACUUGUUUCGAUCCAGAAACUAAUAGAUGCGAAUGGAGUUAAGCUAUUUAAUUACC